AUGCAUUGUGAAUACAAAUAAUGCAGAAACGAAUACAUCUUGAAGUCUUUCGACUAUAGAAAAACAUUACUGCUGAAUUGCAAGAAAUUUAAAUCUGUUAGAAAUGAAAUGGUUUUUUUUUUGUCAAUAUUAAUUGAAAAUCUUAAAGCAAGUUCUGUAUUACUAAAGGUCUCAAGAAGAGAAAGAUAAGGUUUCAUUUUAUAUUAAGGCUGAAAAUCAUGUUAUUUGCAGUGUAGCGAGAAACGGCAUGUGAAGUUAUUAAACUAAGCAAUGGCGGCUUUAAAUGCAGAGAGAAAGUUUUUGAAUGGUUUAAAAAAUAUGAAGUCCAUCAUAUUGUUAAUAUUGCAUUUUAGUUGUGGUCUUCAGCAUAUCAUCGCUUCAUCAGUUUUAAAUAUAAAUGACUUGGCGAGUAUGGAUCGCCCUUUCUUUGACGAUAUAAGUUCAAGAAAUAUUUCGGCUGUUGUUGACGAAACUGCAAUUUUAAGAUGUCGCGUUAAAAACAAAGGAAAUCGAACUGUUUCGUGGAUGCGCAAACGGGAUUUACAUAUUUUGACCACUAACAUUUAUACAUAUACUGGCGAUCAACGGUUUUCUGUAAUACACCCAUCAAAUAGUGACGAUUGGGACUUGAAAAUUGAAUAUGCACAGGCUAGAGACAGUGGUAUUUACGAAUGCCAAGUUAAUACUGAACCAAAAAUUAACUUGGCCAUUAUUCUGGAAAUAACUGCUGAAAAAGAACUGCGAGAAAGAAGUUCGGGAAAAGUUUACUUUGAUUCCAAAGCGCGUGCGAAGAUUUUAGGCUCUACAGAAAUACACGUAAAACGCGAUAGUACUAUUGCUUUGGCUUGCUCUGUGAACAUUCAUGCCUCUUCUGUUCUAUGGUAUCAUGGGUCUGCAAUAGUAGAUUUUGAUUCUCUAAGAGGUGGAAUUAGUUUGGAAACUGAAAAGACCGAUAUAGGUACUACCAGUCGUUUGAUGCUAACCCGUGCGUCAUUACGAGAUUCUGGAAAUUAUACAUGUGUUCCCAAUGCGGCCAUGCCGGCAUCAGUACGAGUUCACGUCUUAACGGGUGAACAGCCCGCAGCAAUGCAAACCAGUAUUGCGAGUGCUACAGAUGUUUCUAUAGUAAUCAUAAUAGCGUGUUUGAUCAUAUCAGAUAUAUUGUUCAUUCGAGUUUUGAACCUAACACAACGUUUAACUGUUCAUCGAAGUUUAAGUUGA